AAAUGUUGAGGGAGGGGGACCAAAAAGAAAAUGUGUGGAUGUGGGCCCCCAACUCCCAUCCCAUCCCAUCCCCUCUCACUUUUCUGCUCCUUCACCUUACGGAUAAGGACUCCAAAGAAAGAAAAAAAAAAACUUUCCCUUCAACAGUUCCACUCCUUCUACUCUCUCAAUUUCAAAGAACUAGAGAGAAAGAAAACCCUAAAAACAGAGAGAGAGAGAGACACAGAUAUGUAUGUUUUGGGUGCAAGUAGUUCUCACAUUCUUUACGCACAACUUCACCAACACCAGUUUCUAAGCAACGGGAAGCGUUGUGGUUUUCUCAAUACAGAUUUUGGAGAUCACCGGCGGAGGGAGCUCCGGAUCAAGGCCGAGGCCGGCUUUUGGCCGGAUUUGUCAAGACCAGCGUCGGUGGAAAUGGAAUCCAUUGACGAUUCCGAUCAACUCGAUCGGAUUUUGAUCCACGCUCAACAACUUUCUCAACCAAUUCUUAUUGAUUGGAUGGCAACUUGGUGUAGGAAAUGCAUCUACUUGAAGCCUAAACUCGAGAAGCUUGCUGCUGAUUAUGUUACCAAAGUAAAAUUCUACUAUGUAGAUGUGAAUAAGGUCCCUCAAUCUCUUGUAAAACGUGGAAACAUCUCUAAAAUGCCAACAAUUCAGCUUUGGAAAGAUGGAGAGAUGAAAGCAGAAGUAAUUGGAGGGCACAAAGCUUGGCUUGUGAUUGAAGAAGUUAGAGAAAUGAUCCAAAAGUUUGCUUCAUAAUUUUCUGUCCACAACACUUUCUUUGUUCAUUUAUUAUAAUUACUUCAUCUUCAACCUCCCCUUAACCUCAAAUUUCAUUCUCAAAUUUUUUAUUAUAUAAUAUACAUCCCCAUAUUUGUAAAACUUUAAUUUAUUGUACAUAUAUAACAAUAUGUUUAUGUCAAA